AUGAUCCAAGAUAGAAAAAGGCUUUCUAGUGGGCUUACUGUAACAUCUAAAGUGUUUGUUCGAUCAAGAAAUGGUGGAGCUACAAAGAUUGUUAGAGAACAUUACUUGAGAAACGAUAUUCCGUGCUAUUCUAAGCUAUGUAACAAAUGCCAGCUUGAUUUGAAACCAGAUUCACAUGGACAGUUGCCGCAAUUCAUCUUAUCGGAGGAGCCACAGAAACUUGGUAAGGGACAACGUCACUAUAUCGUCUUAGAUACCAAUAUUAUAUUGCAUGCGAUCGAUUUGUUAGAGAAUAACGAGUGUUUUUUUGAUGUGGUAAUCCCACAAACAGUUUUGGACGAAGUCAAAAAUAGGUCAUUUCCUAUCUACCAGAGAAUACGGUCAUUAGUUAAAUCUGAGGAGAAGAGAUUUGUGGUUUUUCAUAAUGAAUUCUGUGAAUCUACGUAUGUGAAUCGUGAAAAAAAUGAGUCUAUAAAUGAUCGUAAUGAUAGAGCAAUUCGUAAGUUCAGCUCAUGGUUCAAGGAGCAUCUUAAUAAAGAUAACUCGAAUAUUCCAAUCAGUAUUGUUUUGAUAUGUAACGAUAGAGAUAACCGUGAUAAAGCUAAGAAAGAGGGUAUUGACGCGAGAGGAUUGGCUGAAUAUAUUGAUGCAUUGCCUAAUGCAGAUGACUUACGUGAUUUAGUUCCAAAUGAACAGGAAUCAUUUGCUGGGGCUGAGACUAUAAAUGAAACUUCAUUCCCUGAAUAUUAUUCAACAUCAAGAAUAAUGGGUGGUGUUAAGAAUGGUACUUUGUAUCAAGGUAUGCUUAACAUCUCCACUUAUAAUUUCUUGGAAGGAAGUGUUCAAGUCCCAGCUUUUAAGAAACCGUUAUUAAUUCUUGGAACAAAACACUUGAAUAGAGCUUUUAAUGGAGAUUCUGUUAUUGUCGAAUUAUUGCCAAAGGAUAAAUGGAGAGAACCAUCUACAACAAUUAUUGAAGAAUCCAACAUUGGAGUUAAUGAUAAUGCUGAUGAUGAAGAUGAUGAAAACGAUGUUGAAAAUACAGGUAUAAUUCCAGACAAGGAACGUCAAUUAUUGGCACAAGAAGCAAUGAAAGUGACUUCGGUAUCAAAUGAAGAUGACAAAUCGAAAAGGCUUCAACCAACCGCAAAGGUGGUAGGUAUAAUGAGAAGAUCCUGGAGAUAUUAUGUUGGUCAGAUUGCUCCAUCAUCUGUCUCUAACGAUCAUGAUACUGGAAAUGUUUCGAAGAAUUGUUUUGUCAUAUUGAUGGAUAAAGUUUUACCUAAAAUUAGGAUCCGUACAAGGAAAGCUAAAGAAUUAUUGGGACAGAGGAUUGUUAUUGCAGUUGACUCAUGGCCAUCGACUUCGAAAUACCCACAAGGUCAUUUCGUAAGAUGUUUAGGUGAAAUUGAAAGUGCAGAAGCAGAAACUGAGGCUUUGUUAUUAGAACAUGAUGUUGAGUAUAGACCAUUUUCUAAGAAUGUGUUGGAUUGUUUACCAAAGGAAGGAGCCAAUUGGACAGUUCCACAAAAUCUCGACAAUGGUGAUGAGCAACUAGCCAAAAGAAAAGAUUUAAGAGAUAAGUUGGUUUGUUCUAUUGAUCCACCAAAUUGUGUUGAUAUUGAUGAUGCUUUACAUGCUCAACAAUUGCCUAAUGGAAAUUACGAAGUUGGUGUUCAUAUUGCAGAUGUUACUCAUUUUGUUCGUGCAAAUACUGCUUUGGACAACGAAGGUGCCGCAAGAGGUACAUCAGUUUAUUUGGUAGAUAAGAGAAUUGAUAUGUUGCCAAUGUUGUUAGGUACAAAUUUAUGUUCUUUAAAACCAUACGUUGAUAGGUAUGCCUUCUCGGUCAUUUGGGAAUUAGAUGAAGACGCAAAUAUUGUAAACGUGAAUUAUAUGAAAUCUAUAAUAAAAUCAAGAGAGGCAUUUUCAUAUGAGCAAGCACAAUUAAGAAUCGAUGACAAGUCUCAAAAUGACGAUUUAACGAAAUCUAUGAGAAUUUUAUUGAAGUUGUCUAAAAAAUUGAAGCAAAAAAGAUUAGACGCAGGUGCAUUGAAUUUGGCUUCACCCGAAGUUAAAGUCCAUAUGGAUAGUGAAACUUCUGACCCUGGCGAAGUUGAAAUUAAGAAAUUGCUCGAGACUAACUCAUUAGUCGAAGAGUUUAUGUUGUUUGCAAAUAUAUCUGUUGCAAGAAAGAUAUUUGAUGCAUAUCCUCAAACAGCCAUGUUGAGAAGACAUGCUCCACCACCGGCUACCAAUUUUGAGACUUUAAAUGAAAUGUUACGAGUUCGUAAAAGUGGCAUGUCGAUUUCAUUAGAAUCUUCUAAGUCUUUGGCCGACUCCUUGGAUCGUUGCGUUGAUCCGAAAGAUCCAUACUUCAAUACUUUAUUGCGUAUUUUGUCAACUAGAUGUAUGAUGGCUGCAGAAUAUUUCCCAUCUGGUUCAUAUGGAUACCCAGAAUUUAGGCAUUAUGGUUUGGCGGUUGAUAUAUAUACUCAUUUCACAUCCCCAAUCAGAAGAUACUGUGAUGUGGUCGCUCAUAGACAAUUAGCAGGUGCAAUCGCUUAUGAAAAUUUGGAUUUAAGUCAUAGAGAUAAAAACAAGAUGGAACUUAUAGUUAAAAAUAUCAACAAACGUCAUAGAAACGCCCAGUUUGCAGGAAGAGCAAGUAUUGAGUAUUAUGUGGGCCAAGUUAUGAGAAAUAACGAAUCUACUCAAGAAGGUUACGUCAUCAAAUGUUUUAAUAACGGUAUUGUUGUUUUGGUUCCAAAAUUCGGGGUAGAAGGUUUAAUCAAAUUGGAUAUGCUUGGUGAUGCAGAUUCUGCCGAGUAUAAUGAAGAUAAGUUUGAAUUAACAUUUGCUGACUUCUCUGGUAAAAAGAGAUGUGUAGCGGUUUUUGAUAAAGUUACAGUCAACAUCAAAUCAAUCAAGGAUGAAAUUACUGGUAAAAGAAAGGCACAAUUGAUUUUGCAAUAG